UGCUAAACUAAACAAAACAAGGAGAUCUUUUUAAGUUAAAAGACACCUGCCAUUGAAAAGAAAUUCCCAUACAAUAAAUAUCCAAAAGAAUCUAAAACAUGAUAUAUGGUGGUGGUGGUGGUGGUGGUGGUGGUGGUGAGAAAACAAACCAAUACUAAUGAAACCCUAAAUUUGAUCCCAAAUCUACACCCGACGGAUCAUUUUUCAGGGUUUGUUUGGGGAUAUUCAUUAGUCAAAUGGAGAAUAAUGAAAGAGAAAAUUCGACAGAUUUUGAUCUAAAUCUUGAUACAUUUGGAUUACCAGCUGAACUUGAAGAUAAUUUGUAUUACUCAUUAAGAGGUGGACAUAAUCCAAUCCAAGGAGUAUCUCCUAGACCUAGGAAUCGAUGGAGAAGGAGAAGACCAAGUAUUACUUCUUCUGAAACUAGAAAUUUUUCAUUGGAUUUCAUUGUAAACCCUAGUUCUGCUAGUGAGAGAGUGUCUCAAGUUGGUGAAGGAAGUUUAGGUGUUACUGACACUGAUGAGAGAACAGCUGAGAGCAGUAAAGCAGGGAAAGGUCUUGCUGUUGAUCUUUUGGGUAAUGAAUUGAAUAAGGAUGAGGAUAAGGAGAAGAAUAAUGAGGAUGAAAUGAGUUUCUUUGAUUGUAAUAUAUGUUUCGGAAUGGCGAAUGAGCCAGUUAUUACCUUUUGCGGUCAUUUGUUUUGUUGGCCAUGUUUGUAUCAGUGGCUUCAUGUUUAUUCUAAGGUUAAAUUAUGCCCUGUGUGUCAGACAGAACUCACUGAUGCCAAUAUAACCCCAAUUUAUGGACGUGGAAAUAAUGUAGAAGAUUCAAAGAUGAAACAGAAAGUGGGUGUUCCUCCUAGGCCUCAAGCUCGACGUGUCGAAAGCUUUAGACAGAGUAUUCAAAGAGCUGUUUCUUCUUCUUUUCAAAUUGAGGAAAUGAUUCAGAGAAUUGGUCGGAGAUUUGAUGUUGCAAGGGGUAGAACACCUCCACAAGAUGUUGGUGGUUCUCUUGAAUUGAUCGAUAGAGCUGAUUUUCUUGCUAAUCAGAUUCUUGCAUCAGGUGGCAUUCACCGAGAAGGUUAUAGAAGGAAUAUACUUUUAGAACAAAGUCUUUUGGAAGCACAGGACGAUGUUGUAGAUGUGGUUAGCUCUGAGGCCGAGGGUACCAAUCCUAGACCUCCUCUAUCACCUCCCUCGCGGCAUUCGCAGACGGCUGCUUCAGUUGUUCGUCUUUCAUCAGCAUUAAGUUCUCAUGAGAGGGUGUUUCAUUCAUUUCUUCUUAAUCAGCACAUGAGAAGGCACCAUGCUCGUUCUCCACCUUUGGAGAAUUGGAGUUCUCUUUCAAGCAUUUCUUCCUCAGUAGUACAGAGAGGGGGUGGGGAUGCAGAGAUUGAUUUGGUAGUGCCGGUGUCUUCUUCUGAUGCUUCAAGGGCAUCAAUUGUGGACACCGAACUUUUUCGUGCAAUAAGAAGGAGAAGAUUAAACUGAUCCACUGUCUAACGGGGAAUAAGGAUUUCCUUUUUGGUAUUUCUUCCUCAAAGUACAGAUAGUGGAUGCGGCCGCAGUGAUUGAUUUGGUAUUGCCCAGAGUCUUAUCUGAUGCUUCAAAGGCUUCAUGUGUGGCCAGUGAAAAUGUUCGUGCAUAAAGAAGGAGCAGAUCAAACUGCUAUGAACCUAAGAUUACUUCCAACUAUCGCUAUUAUUUAUUGCUUCAAAUUAAGGUGGAUUAACCUACAUGUUAGCGAGAAGUCAUGUGAGUUCCAACAUCUCAUAUGGGAAUAUUUCUCUUCGAUCAGCCAUGUAUUUCAGAGUUUAUGUUUCCGUAUACUGAUUAUCAUCUUUUUCUGCUCUGUUAAAGUGCCUAUCAACAGCUUGUUCAUGUUCUUUGCUUAGCACUAUUGGUUAUCAAAUGAUGGGUGAGUCUUGUACAUUUCCCUGCAACUUUCAUAUGUAAUGUUUCUUUUCUCUUUCAGUAAUGCACUUAUUCAUUGAACCAUUGGUGUUUCACUUACAAAUAUUUUUGGCCUCA